AUGAGGAUCACCACUUGGAAUGUCAGGGGCAUAAUUGCCCCUGACAAACGUCGGAUGCUAAAAAGGCAUCUGGCGAGGUUAGCAAGCGAAGUAAUCUUGAUACAGGAAACCAAAUGUAAUUUGGAUGAAGGGAAUAGGUUUGUGAGUAACAUGAAAGAAUGGAGUGGUCUAUUCCAACCGGCGGUAGGCAGAGCUAGCGGUCUGGGGGUGUUAUGGAGAUCAUUCGCUGUUGAGGUUGAGCGUAAAAACGGUGGCAGCAACUGGAUACAAUGUAAGAUACGUUGUAAGCAAAGGGGAUUCGAAUUCUACCUUUGGAAUGUAUAUGGACCCAAACAUUCUAAAGAAAAAGAAACUCUCUGGGAAGAACUGUACGAAUCACAAGUGGCAACCAAAAAUGAGAAAAUAAUAAUGGGAGGAGACUAUAAUGCGCUAUUGGAUCUCACAGAAAAGAAGGGUGGAACAAAUAAAAUCACUAAGGAUAUGUUGGCCUUCGGGGACUUUAUAAGGAGGUGUAAUUUGUCGGAUUGUAUACCAUUGGAAGGAUGGUUCACAUGGACCAAUAGGAGGAGAGGAUUUUCCAAUAUUGCAGAACGACUGGAUAGGUUCCUGAGCGGGAAUGAAUGGUUGAAGGAGGGGAUCCAAUUAACGACCAAAGUUUUGCCUCUUAGCCUAUCCGAUCAUUAUCCAGUACAGCUUGAGGUAGGGGAAAGAAUAUAA